UGAAAUUUGCCGAAAUAUGCUUUCUACUUAAAUAUAAGUAGUAGCAAAUGACAAACAUUGCAAGAACAGAAAAAUCAACCUAUAAAAGCUGAAGACAGGUUUAUCUAAGCAAAAAAAAUGGUGGGAACAAUAGCAAAAAGAUGGAGAUUGCUAAGUGGAGAAGGUAAUUGGAGGGAACUCCUAAACCCUCUAGACAUGGAUCUCCGGCGAUACUUAAUUCAUUACGGCGAAAUGGCUCAAGCUACCUACGACAAUUUCAUAUCAGACGUACGGUCAGAUUAUGCUGGAGACUACAGAUAUCCAAUGAAGAAAAUGUUCUCCGGAGUUGAUCUAAAUAUUGCAAACCCAUUCAAGUACCGAGCUGUUAAAUAUGUGUAUGCAACUUCAAAAGUUGAACUUCCACAGAGCUUUAUGGUAAAAUCAUUAGCAAAACAACCAUGGAGUAGUCAGUGCAAUUGGAUUGGAUAUGUAGCUGUAGCUACUGAUGAAGGUAAAGCAAUGUUGGGAAGAAGAGACAUAGUAAUUGCUUGGAGAGGAACAAUCCAACCUAUUGAAUGGGUCAAAGAUUUUCAGGCUCCUUUAAUUUCAGCUUCUAAUAUACUAAAAUGGGACAAAGACCCUCGUGUUCAUCAAGGAUUCCUCUCUCUAUAUAACACAGCUGAUUUUGUUUCUGCUUAUAGUAAAACCAGCGCAAGAGAGCAGGUUAUCGAGGAAGUGAAGAGACUGAUGCAAGAGUUCAAGCAUGAGGAAACCAGCUUGACAGUCACAGGACACAGCUUAGGAGCAGCGCUUGCAACUCUAAAUGCGAUUGACAUUGCUGCAAAUGGAUUCAACAUAGGAGACGAAUCCAAGGAACGGUCUCCUGUCACAGCUUUUGUCUUUGCAAGCCCGCGAGUUGGGGAUCGAAACUUCAAGGAGUUAUCCGAAUCUGUAGAAAAUCUGCAUAUUCUGAAAAUUAAAAACUUGAAUGAUCUUGUACCUCUAACUCCACCAAAAGAAUCAGGAUACGCAGACGUUGGAAAGGAACUAUUGUUGAAUACCCUGAUAUCGCCAUUUGUGAAUAGACCGGGAGGACCUUUAAGUUGGCAUAACUUGGAGGCAUAUUUGCAUGGAGUUGCAGGAACACAAGGUGAUAAACCAGUAUUUCAUCUAGAAGUUAAAAGGGAUAUUGCAUUAUUAAAUAAGGAAAUUAGUAAUUUGCAGCCAGAUUAUUUGAUUCCUCCUGCUUGGCGUUGUCCUAGGAACACAGGGAUGGUUAAAAUGAAGGAUGGUUCUUGGGAACUCCGAGAUCAAGAAAAUGAGGAAGAUGAUUGAACUAAAUGGAUAUAUCCAGAACUGGCAAGUAAUUGCAGAAUACUCAGACUGCUUCAUUUAUCUAAUUUUUCCUUUUUUUUUUUGAAAAACAGUGUUUCAUAUAUGAGUUCUAAUUAAGCAAUACAGUACAAAUGGAAUUAGAAAACA